AUGCCAAAUAAAUAUCAAUGGUUUUGGAGAUCGUCUAUUAAUUGUGCUAUAUCUAAUAUUCGGGAAGACUGGCAAAAAUUCUCUGACGUCGAAAUAACUAUUAUUGAAGAUGCCUAUCAAAAACAGCGAGAUCAUGUUGAAUUGAAUAACGAUAUAAUUUAUUUUAAACAUUUUCUACAAAUCAAUAAAUUAGAUUCAACUAAAACGAAAUCGGUUAAACGAAUAUUUUGUGAAAAUAGAUCAAAAGAAGAACAAUUUCAUUCAUUCAGAAGAAAUGUUUGGUGGACACAGACAAACUAUCCUGAUAAUGAAGAUAACGUUCUAGUUAAACAACAAGAGAACCAGAUUAAAAGAGUAAAUGAAAAAUCAAAUUGGUGCAAUCGAAUUGAUACCAUAGAUGUAUCGAUACAGUCGACAACUGUUUCCGCAAAACAAAUAUUCAAGACAAACUUGAAAAGUCUUUCAGAAAAUAAUCUAACACAACUACAAUAUCAACCGUAUUUUAAAUCAUGCCCAUCAUUAACAUAUAGUUGGCCUAUGGAAGAUAAAUAUAUUUUAUCUCCAUUUUAUUCCAAUCAAUUGACAGUACUGUCAGGUUCAGCAUCAGGAUUAGCCACAAUUGGCCUUCAAAAUCUUGUUAGACGUUAUACAAAUAUUUCUGUCCCUGCCGAUGAAAAAUCAGCAUGGGCUAUUAUCGAACCACAUUUUUCUCAAGGACCACCUCGUCUUCGACUUGAAACAGUUUUUGAUGUAAUUCAACAAUACAUUGAUCCUAAUCUAUCUCUACUAGAUGUGCUAAUGACUGAUACACCAGUGAUUGACCGAUCUCAUGAUAUACUCGCCAUGUUAGCAAUGAAAUGUACAGUAAUAACAACAAAUUUCGAUCACUUAAUUGAAGAUGCUGCACGUUUGCAUCUAGGAGACGAUCCAAAUAGAAUACCAUUUGAUGUAUUUUGUACUGAAGAACAUUUCAAGAAUGCCUUUGAUUCAAUUCAAAGUAACACAUCAUCGAAUUUAACUGGUCUAUGGAAACUUCAUGGCAGUGUCGCAAUAUGGCAGAAUGAAAAAAGAGUGCUCGUACGUGCUGAUCAAAACGGUGGUCCAAUAGCAACUCUGAAACGAUUCUCAUCGACACGAGAAUCUAAUGAACGUCGUUAUUUUUUACAUCAUCUGUUAGAAACACAACCAUUUAUAAUUAUAGAUUAUUCAGCUACCGAUGAUUUUGAUGUUAUACGUUGGUUAAAAUCUGUUAAAUUACCAUUGAAUGUACUUUGGAUUCAGCAUAUGGAUGAUUCAUUUGAACCUAUAAUUUGGAGCGGAAUCGAUAUAGCAAAGGGUAUACCAAGUAACAUGGCUUCAUUCGAUCGAGGUCUCAUUACAAUAGCUUCGAUUUGGCAUGAGCGGGGCAUUGCUGAUCGCCUGACAGUUGUAACAAUAGCUGAUUCAGUUAGUUUCUUAGCUCAAAUCACUCAUUUAAGUCCUAAUUUCAAAGAAGAAAUCACUGAAAAUAUUGAUUCAAAUACAGAAUAUUCAAGUUCAUUGCCGACUCAAUGGCAAAGUUAUAUUGUCAGUGGUGCCAUACUUUCUCAUUUGUCGUAUUUUUCCGAAGCAAAACAUUAUUUUGAUUAUGCAACUAGUACAUCAAUUGAAGGUACUCGCGAAUAUUGUAUAGCUAGAUUAGCAGCUGCUGAAGCUGCAAUUGAAAUCGGUAAUAGAAAUGCGCGUAUUCAAGCGAUGAAUGAUGCUAUUGAUGCAGCUGAAGCUGCACCACUGUCGCUGAGUUCAUGGGCAAAUCGAAGAGCAAAAUUCAUUAGUGCAAAAGUAAAAAGAUUUGUUGAAAAAGAUGGACAAUCUAUAGCUAUUGUAGAACUGCAACAAUUAUUAAAUCAAUGCGGAAAGCCUAAUGAGAAAUGCGUUGGAGAAGAACGAAAUGUUGCACUUGAAGCAGCUAUUUUAUUGGCACAAUUGAGACGUUAUUUACCUUCUUCUCCUGAGCCAUCUGAUGUGGCUAAACAAUGGAUUGAAUUAAUACCAAAAAUUGGUUUAUUACAUACAAAAGGAAUGAAUCUUCAUGAAUCGGCAUUGAAUAAAUAUCAAUUAGCAACAAAUAUCGAAGAAAUCGAUGAUGCUAUUCUUGUCAUGAAAGAAGCUAUUGAAAUUCGCGAAGAACUUGGCCAUAUGAGAGGACUUGUUGCUAGUUUAAAUGUACUCGGUUCGAUGCAAAUGAGACUUGCAGAUUGGAGUUUACCAUUUGAAAUCAAACACAUAAAAUGUGCUGCAGAACAAUUUCGUCGUUCAAUAGAAUAUUCUGACAAACACGCAGCUGUAUUUGAUCAAUUUCAAGCACGUAUUCAUCUUGCAAUCUGCCUUCUUCGUUAUCCAUCCGUUAUAGAUUCCAUUGAUGAAUUAAAAGAAAUUUUAAAUUUUUUUCGAACACGAACAACCGAUGAUCUUCGAACCGAAAUUGAAAGUGAAUUUUGUUUAGCAAUGAGUAUAUUUACUAGUUCAGUAUUAUCGUUAGAAGAACGAUGUGAUCAUAGUACACAACUUUUCAAUGAAUUAGUCAAUAAAUAUACAUCAAAUAAUGAUGUUCGUUUGAUUCGUAUUCUUGCUGCAGCACGUUUCAAUGCUGAACUAUGUCAAGAUUGGAAAAAAGGACAAAUUCAUACACUGAAUCCAGAACUUACACGAGAUAUAAUAACAAGAAAAACGCAAGCAAAUAUCAAUUUAUAUUGGCAAAUGCGUAUACUACGUGCGGAAACACAAAUUCCACUUAACACGUAUGAUCAACUACAACUUCUUUUAGACCCUCUAUCACCUUAA